GUAACUUUAUGUUGUAAUUAAAACGACUCUAAUUUAGAAAGAAAAAUAAACUUUUGAUUCACCGAUUGGUUUUGCAAGUUGCUUCUUAAGACUCAUCUCUGGAACUUGGUUGAGUUUUCAUUUGUUGUGAUAGAAGAGAAAAUGGCAGCAUCAACAGGAGGAGGUAAAGCCAAGUACAUCAUCGGUGCUCUCAUCGGCUCUUUCGGAAUCUCAUACCUCUUCGACAAAGUUAUCUCUGACAAUAAGAUCUUUGGAGGGAGUACCCCAGGAACGGUCUCUAACAAGGACUGGUGGAAGGCGACAGAUGAGAAGUUCCAAGCUUGGCCUAGAACUGCUGGCCCUCCCGUCGUCAUGAACCCCAUUAGCCGUCAGAAUUUCAUCGUCAAGUCUCGUCCAGAAUAAGGGAUAAAAGGAUGUAUCAAUGCUUUUGGUUGUAAGCCUACAAUGAAUGAGAAUAAUGAUGCUUCUAGAACUUGUACUAAAUAAUAAUACAACACUGUUUGUGGAACUAACUCCACAGUCUUAA